UUGAGCAAAUUGUACAGGUGAGCUGGACAGGGGACUUGCCGCCGAUAUGAGCUGCACCAUGGAAAAAAUCCUGACAGACGCCAAGACGCUACUGGAGAGGCUGCGGGAGCACGAUGCAGCCGCUGAGUCACUGAUGGAUCAGUCGGCGGCCCUGCACCAGCGAGUGGCCGCUAUGCGGGAGGCGGGGACAGCGCUUCCGGACCAGUAUCAAGAGGAUGCAUCCGAUAUGAAGGACAUGACCAAAUACAAACCUCACAUUCUGCUGUCCCAAGAGAACACACAGAUUAGAGACUUGCAGCAGGAAAACAGAGAGCUGUGGGUUUCCUUGGAGGAACACCAGGAUGCUUUGGAACUCAUCAUGAGCAAGUACUGGAAACAGAUGUUACAAUUAAUGGUUGCUAAAAAAGCAGUGGGUGCUGAACCAGUCCUGAAAGCUCACCAGUCUCACUCUGCAGAAAUUGAAAGUCAGAUUGACAGAAUCUGUGAAAUGGGAGAAGUGAUGAGGAAAGCGGUUCAGGUGGAUGAUGACCAGUUUUGUAAGAUUCAGGAAAAACUAGCCCAAUUAGAGCUUGAAAAUAAGGAACUUCGAGAAUUAUUGUCCAUCAGCAGUGAGUCUGUACAGGUCAGAAAGGAAAACUCAAUGGACACUGCUUCCCAAGACAUCAAAUAACUGAAUUCUGAUGGCUAAAGAUUAUCUAUCACGGAAGGGAAUUACUAUCUUCCCAUUCAAUUAUUGUCCAUUCGGUGUCUUGCCUCAAACUUGAUUUAGUGUUGGUUUUAGAAUUUCCAUUCAGUAUUGGCUGUCCACAAAACAGUUUUCAGGUGUAUUAAUGCAAAUACACACUGAGUUUUACUACUACUUUCUCCAAAAGACUGCUUUUAAUUUUCCUUUCUGGGACCUCAGUUUACGUAAUCUGUGUUUUCAGGUCAUUUUGUUUUUCAUAACUCUGAAACUGAGCAUUUUCUUAUAAACCAGCAAUUUUAUUUUAUAUAGCAUUAUAAAAUACACUUCUGAGGAUUUUUAAAAGAGAUCUAAUUUUUUAAAUCUAUUUAGCAUAAACUUGGAUUUUUUUUCCAUUUGAGAAAAGUAAUAGUUCCACAGAACUAGUUGGGCGAGUCUCUGAUUUGUAACGUCAUUUCACCUGUGAAGGUUUAAGUCUCUCUGGUGCUGAGAGUUGGCACUUUGUGACCUGGUGUCUUUACUCUUUAUUUGAGAGAACUACUGUUAGUCCCCAGUAAACAUACGUGAAGUAAGUUAAUGAUUUUUUCUCAGUGCCAGUAUAAUUAUCAUAUGUAAAGUUCAUAUUGUUCAAAGCUGAGAACUUGUCCUCUGUAUGUGCAUGCACAUAUGUGCACUUAAUUCAAAUGCUAAAAGUAGCUUUUAUUUAUUCUAUUAAAUAUAAGUAGUCAAAAACAAAAAACACAAAGAUAGUCAAUUUUUCAAUUGUGUUCUACUAAGAAAUCUUCAAAUUACAUAGUUCAUGUAGUGUGAAGAGGAUAUCAUAAAUUUAUUCACAUUCUAGUUCUUGGGUACUAUAUUCUACUGUUUAAUUUGUAUAUAACUUCCAUUUUAUAGUUAAGAACCAUCACUUGUGUGGAUGUCUUUCAUUACUAGCAAUAGUGGUUGGUUUUUUAUUUAAGAACCAUUUUUCACACAGAAGUAGUUUCAUUAUUUAAUGAGAGUUAUUACAUUCAUAAUGCUAUAUAGGCAACAACAGAGGAACAUUUUUUUUUUUGUGAUAGAGUUUCACUAUGUUGCCCUCGGUAGAGUGCUGUGGUUGUAGUUGUCAUUGUUGUUUGGCAGGCCUGGGCUGGGUUCAAACCUGCCAGCUCUGGUGUAUGUGGCUGGCGCCUUAGCUGCUGAGUACAGGCGCUGAUCCUAAUAGAGGAACAUAAUUAUUCAAAUGCUCAGCAGUCAACUAGGUUCACUCAUCAACUCAUUCCCCUGUCGGUUUACUCAAAUCUCAAAUUGAUAAAUUACUUCCUGUUACACUAUCUAUUGAGAUUUUCCAAAAGAUAGUUGAAGUAAUGGAUGCUAAACCUGUCAGCAUUUUUCAGUAUAGCAUCAUAACUGCAUGAGACACAGUAUAAGAGUUUUUAUAUGUGAUGUAAAAUUUCUUUUUUACAGCUAUAAAGAACAAACUCCAGUUAAAACAACACAGUGCCUCUAAGGUAUCCUAAAAGCCCCUGA